AUGCGGCAGUAUAUUCGGCUGCUGAUAGAAGAGAAGCGUACCCGCAGCAAGCUGCCCCGGGCCCUGAGGGGGCUCAUGGGAGAGGCCAACAUCCGCUACGCCCGCGGGGACAAGGAGGACGCCAUCCUCAUGUGCAUGGAGAUUAUUCGGCAAGCGCCCCUGGCCUAUGAGCCCUUCUCCACGCUGGCCAUGAUCUACGAGGACCAGGGGGACAUGGAGAAGGCCCUGCAGUUCGGGCUGAUCGCCGCCCACCUCAACCCCAGGGACUGCGAGGAGUGGGUCAAGCUGGCCGACAUGUCCCUGGAGCAGGACAACAUCAAGCAGGCCAUCAUCUGCUACUCCAAAGCGGUGCAGCAUGAGCCCACCAACGUGCGCUUCCUGUGGGAGCGCUCCAGCCUGUACGAGCAGGUGGGCGAGCACAAGCAGGCCAUGGACGGCUACCGCCGCAUCCUCAACCUGCUGCCUCCCCAGGACGGAGAGCACUUCAUGCAGCUCUCACGCGACAUGGCCAAGAGCUACUAUGAGAGCAGUGAGCUGCUGUCUGCCAUUGGGGUCAUGGAGGAGGCCCUGAAGCGCCACCCCGAGCUGGUCACCCACGAGUGUGUCAACAUGGCCGCCGAACUCUACAUCGCCAACCACCAGCACAUGAAGGCACUGCAGGCAUUGGUGAAGUUUUGUGGGAUUGAGCUGAAGAGAGAGGAGACGAAUGCGGACACGGGGGAGCAGGAGGAAGAAAAGGUGGAGAAAGAGGAGGAGGAGGAGGGCCAGGAGAAAGACAAGGACAAGGAGACGGAUGAAAAGGAAGAACCACUGGGAGAAGUCUUGGAAGUGAUAGUCCCAGACGAAGUGCCCGUAGACAUCAGAGUCAAACUCAUGGUCUGCUUUAUACACAAGCAUGUCUACAACCCCCUGGAUCCCAUGUUGACAGCCUUGAUGGAGCAGAGUCCAGAGGAGCUUGGUGACCUGUAUCUGGACGUGGCCGAGGCCUUUAUGGAGGAGGGCCAGUACAACUCAGCCCUGCCCCUGCUCUCUGCACUCGUCUGCUCCGAGAGGUACAACCUGGCCGUGGUCUGGCUCAGGCACGCAGAGUGCCUGAAGGCCCUUGGCCACCAGGAGGCAGCGGUGCACAGCUACUACAAGGUGGUGGAGAUGGCCCCUCUGCAUCUGGAGGCCCGCCUCUCCCUCUCCACGCUGCAGCAGCAGCUGGGUCGACCCGACGAGGCCCUGGAGGUGCUGCAGUCCAUGUACGACCCCGAGACACUCGCUCAGGAUGCCAGCGCUGUUCAACAGGAGUUGAAGCUGUUGUUGCACCGGUCUACGCUGCUGCAGUCGCAGGGCAAACAGGAGGGCUACUUGGACACGCUCCUGAGCAUGCUCUCCAUGCUGCUGAAGAUGGCUAUGAUUCGUGCCAGGGUGUGUAUCGUCACGGAUUCGGGUCACCUGCACGUGGCUAAAAUGUCUGGCCGCAAGAUCGCUGACCUCGCCGACCAGGAGGCAGCCUAUCAGGACAUUAUAGGUAAAUCCAGCGUGCUGUCUCGUGAGGACUGGUGGCAGAUGUUGCUGCGCUGUAUUAGCAUCCUGUGUGAGCGGCGCCGCUUCGGCGAGGCGGAGCUGAUGGUGGACUCCUCGCUGAGUUACGACACCUUCUACGACGAGCGCAUCAAGCGCAAGGAGCUGGGCUACCUGGGCCUCUCCACCGCCUUCCUGGACCGCAAUUACACAAAGGCCUACGACUACAUCAGGCUGAUGCUGAUGACCACUGUGGAUCGGCCGCAGUUAUGGAAUGUCUUUUGCCAGGUGACUCUGCAAUCUCAGGAUGUGCGCCAUCAUCGCUUCUGCCUGCGUCUCAUGCUCAAGAACCCCGACAACCUGGCCCUCUGUGUGCUCAAUGGACAUGCCUCGCUAGUGUCUGGGAGCUUCAAGCAUGCCCUCGGCCAGUACGUGCAGGCAUUCCGCAUGCAGCCGGAUAACCCUCUCCACAGCUUGUGUGUGGGCCUAACCUUCUUCCACAUGGCCUCGCAGAAGUUUGUCAUCAAGCGCCACUCGCUUGUCAUGCAGGGUUUCUCGUUCCUGUGGCGCUAUGUGGAGCGUCGGGGUGAGUGCCAGGAGAGUCUGUACAACGUGGGACGAGCUCUGCAGCAGCUGGGCCUCACGCACCUGGCCAUACACUACUACCAGGAGGCCCUCAAGCAGCCAGCGCCAACACUGGAGGGUAUUGAUGAUGACCAGUUGGACCUGCGACGAGAGAUCGCCUUCAAUCUGUCUCUCAUUUAUCAGUCCAGCGGCAACAUGGAAAUGGCCAGGCAUUUGAUAUACACUUACUGCACCAUCUAGCUCAGCUCCCGAUUCCAAAGACACUGUACAAGUGAACAUUAUUCAUCCAAGGUCAAAGAUUGUAUUUUACAGUUUCUGUAUAUUUUGUAAAGUAUUUUUUUGUGUUUUGAAAUAAAUGUCUUUGAUAUUAAAAUGCAUUCAUUGUUUAUACCA